UGCGUUUAGCAAUAUACCUAUAUAUACAUACUGACUUACCUGUGUAUAUAUAUAUGGAUGUAUAGUGCAGCUCGUGGAUAUCAGAGUUGACUGAGAGUGUUGUCGUUACAUAACGGACCGGUGAAAAGUGAAUUUAGAUAAGAGAGAUGGUCCAACUUGAUACUGACCCAAUUAUCCACUGAAAAGGCAGGCACGGGUAAAGUUUAUAAAAAAGGUGUUUGCAAUAAAAAUUCAGUGCAUACCCAAUCGACGUCUCGAGACCUUCUGAUGAUUUAGCAAAAUGAAAGUGAAAACAAUCUUUAUCUUACUCUCUGUGGUAAUAUCCGGAGUACUUCUUGCACCAGCGCCUAAAGGAGGUGUAGCAAUUGGAGCAGCCGUUGAUGCCACCAAAGCCAUUGUCGGUACAGGAGCUAAAUUUUUAGGUAAAGCCGCCUUAUCAACUCUUGGAACUGCAGCUUUAAAAAUAGCCGGAACUGUGGGUAAAGUGGCGCUGGUUGGUGCCGGAGCGCUUGGAAUUGGCCUUGUGGGUGCCAAACUCAUUAAAUUAAAAAUAGCUGGGGCUAAAGCUCUACUGGCAAAGCAUAGUGGUGGAGGAAGUUGGUCGUCUUCAUCUUCAUCAUCCACGUCGACGUCGUCAUCAGAACCGUCGUCUUCAACGUCAGACUCUGAUGAUGGUAGUUUUAGUGCAUCCGGAUCUAUAAAUGCAAGUUUAUAUAAACGAAAAUAAGUAACGCUUCAUGAGUUAAUUGCCGCUCUCCUAGUCAAUGUUUGUAAAUAAAUUAUUUUGUAACAUAUUAUGGUUAUGCUACUGAAAAGCUGUUAAAACGUUUGUAAUAAAAUAAUGUUUUUAUAUCAUG